AUGAAGGCCAAUAUUUCCACUGUACUAGUUGGAUCAAAUGUUGUUCUUGUACCAUACAGACCUGAGCAUGUUCCUAAAUAUCAUGAUUGGAUGCUGGAUGAAGAACUAAGGGCUCUAACAGCCAGCGAACCUCUAACUCUCGAGGAGGAAUACGAAAUGCAAGGGAAAUGGCAAUUAGACGAAGACAAACUAACGUUCAUAAUCCUUUCCCGUCACCCCCUUGAAGGAAGUAUAGAACUUCCAGAGACCCCAGGCACAGUGUCUCCCGAGGAUGAACGAUUAUCUGCCCUUCCUAUGGUCGGAGAUGUCAACAUCUUUUUGCAUGGCACAAUCCCAACGACUGAAGAAUCAGUUAUUGAUGAAGAUGAAUUUCAUGCAGAGGUUGAGAUUAUGAUAGCAGAGCCGUCAUACCGUCGGAAAGGACUGGCAAUUGAGGCUCUCCAGCUUAUGCUAGGUUACGCAACUGGCAAACUCCAGGCCUUUGGGCUAUCUAACACCACUUCGAUUCCUACUUCUCCUCUCAACAUCCCACCAAACUCCCUAAUUACCAAAAUAUCGGAGACCAACAUCCCCAGCAUCAAGUUGUUCGAGAAACUCGGUUUUGCAAUUACCAAACGAGUGGAAGUUUUCCAGGAAAUCGAGAUGAAAUUUACAAAGAAAUACAGCUAG